AUGUCGACGCGCAUCGCGCCGCGGUACGAGUUGUUUUUCAAAGAUGUGAAGUGUCUCGAGACGGAACUGCGCGCGCUGCGUCGCCGAACGUCGUCGGCGACGACGCGCGUGAACGUGCCGAACAAGGAUAAAAAAGACGAUUUGAUCGCGUGGAUCGACGCCGCGCGAACGCUGAGCGAUGAUGUCGAUGUGGUGCCGCAUUACUCGAUGAAGAAUCAGUACAGGAGGGACGCGAACCAAAGCGUCGAGGCGGUGAAGGCGUUCGCGGACGCGAUGACGGCGCGGAACAUCGAUCGGUGCUUGUUGGUGAGUGGAAGUGGGAGUCGAAAGUGCGAUAGCGUCGAGGUGCUGCGUCGGUUGGCGAUGGAUCGAGAGUGGAAAAGGCGGGCGUCGACUUUUCGAUUCGACGUGGCGUAUAAUCCGCAUUUUGACGAAGGAAGCGACGCGGCGGCGCGAGAGUUUGAACGGUUGGAGAAAAAAAUGCGCGGAGGGCUCGUUCGUGGGGUUUGGUUUCAAAUUGGAAGCGAUGUGGAGAAGUUGGAGCGAGGUUUGGAGCGCGUCCGCGACUUGGCGCCGGAUGCCGAAAUUUACGGCUCGGUUUUUCUGCCUUCGAAGCAGCUUCUCGCGCGCAUGAAAUUCAGGCCGUGGGCUGGUGUUUUCUUGAGUGAUGAAUACUUGUCGAGCGUCGAACGCGCCGAAGAAAUCACGAUCGCUCAGAUGGCGUGCCUGGUUCGGCAUGGCGCGACGCCUUUCAUCGAGUCUCCGGUGACGAAAGACGAGGAUUGGGCACAGUGUGAGCGCUUGCUGGCGGCGGCGGCGAAACGCGUCGACGAGAGCGGCAAACUUUAA